GUGCAGUGUUGUUUAAUUAUUAUACCAGUAUAUUGUGCCAUUUCUUUCGCUAUAUUCAAGAAUUUGUUGGAAAUCAUAACUGUUGAUACGAAGUCCAAAACUGCCAGGCCGAGUAAAGGAUCGAAUAGGCGGGACAACUAAGUAACAAGUAACAACGGUGCGGUGUUGUUUAAUUAUUAUACCAGUAUAUUGUGCCAGUAUUUCCUUCGCCAUAUUCAAGAAUUUGUUGGAAAUCAUAUAACUACUGUACUGCACUUGAGUGAAAUUGAAUGGGCAAGUAAGUCUCAAUUGAAAUCAAAGGAAACAUGAAUUGGACGACUCGCAAAGUUUUUAAGAAUUUAUCAAGUCGUCAACAAUAUAAUCGUUUACGCCUUCGUAGAGCAUUCCAUCUUUCUGCGGGUAAAACACACUUAAAAGAUCAAAAUAGAAGUAAUAAUUCCUUAACUUAUUCAUGUGAACAGAAUUUGAGAAGUAGUGAAACUGAAGAAACGUCUUUGGACUUUCCAUCACAAACGCCAAGUGCUCAUGAUGAUGUAGUAGAAGAAAUAGUACACGAAGAUUCGCAACUUUGUUCGCAACACCAAAAUGUCGAAAUAGAUUGUUUUCAAAACUGUUUACGACAAUGCUGCCUGGACAUGAAUAUAAAUCAUGUUCAGACUACAGCAAUUUUAAGAGUACUUCGUAUGCAUAAAUGUUUUCAAAAUUUGCCAAAAGAUAGCAGAAGUUUUUUACAAACAAGUCGUGAUCGCAUUAACUUUGUACCAAUUGGCUCAGGUGUAUAUUGGCAUAUUGGUUUUGUAAAACUGUUAGAAAAGCACCUUUCGUUUUACGAUGCAGAUGAAAUUCCGCCUGUUCUAGAAAUAGAACUGAGCACUGACGGUUUAUCAUUGAGUAGAAACAAUCCUAUGCAAUAUUGGCCUUUACAAUAUAGGGUCAUUAAUAUUCCUUAUUUCAAGCCGGUGAUUAUAGGUGUGUAUAAAGGACUUGAGAAACCUUGCGAUGUACAUAAAUUUUUUGAAAAUCUUGUUGAUGAGGUGAAAUCAGCUAAUAGACUAGGAGGAAUACUAAUACAUAAUCGUCGUAUUCCUAUAGUGUUUAAAAAUUUUGUAGCAGACGCUCCGGCGAGAGCUUUAGUUUUAAAUCAUUAUGGACACAAUUCCGGUAAUCCGUGCUCUAAAUGCAAAGUUAAUGGUUUCCGACAUGAGAAUCGAAUGGUUUACUUGGGCAUCAAUCACGAAAAACAAACAAAUGAACAAUAUAUAUCUUGUUUGGAUGAGGACCAUCAAAAAGGAAAAAGUCCAUUACAGGAUCUUGGAAUACCGAUUGUCACAAGGGUGCCUUUUGAAAUUAUGCAUCUGGUAUACGCUGGUGUUGCUUCGAGGCUAUUAAGUGCAUG